AUGACGAAUUUAAUUUUUCUAAAUUUAGAAUCAGAGCGCCCCAAAUUUCGUGGGGACUAUCGUUACGAGACGGCGUUUAAUGCUUUCUAUAAAGUCCACCACGCUGCAGCACCGUGGCCAACUGCGAAGGUGCGCUGCGAGGGGGAAGGAGCAGAGUUGUUUGUUCCAGAACAUUUAGACGAAGCUGAUGCUAUGCCUAUACUCAUCACAUCGGUACUAAACAAAUACGCUGGCGUAUAUAUUGGAGUACAUGACUUGUAUUCUGAAAGAACUUUUGUUUCUAUUAACGGUAGUACAAUCAUGAACUCAAUAGUGGAUCUGUUAUGGGAGCGAAAUGAGCCAGUUCACAGUGUAGGGCGUUGUGUGGCGAUGAGACGCAGUGGUCGCCUAUUUGUUCACCCAUGCAAUGUACCGCUACCCUUCAUUUGUAGAGUAAAUGUGGCAAACAUUAUGUAUUACAAGGAAUGUGAUACCUAUAAUCCAAAAUGGAAUUGGGCCUUCAAUAAUACUUGUUAUAUGGCUCACUUGGAGCCUCAAACUUGGCAUGAUGCCUUCGCAACGUGCCUCUCAGCUGGCGGUCACUUGGCAAUCCUGCAGAACAGAAAUGAAGCCGAAUACGUCAAAGAUCUUUUCAAACAAAUUACAGGUCGAAGAGUACCAGACGAUGAGUUUACGUUUUUGGGCUUUAGCGAUCUAUUCCAAAGAUAUCAUUACAGGACUAUUCAUGGAGAACGUAUAGAAAACACUGGUUUCUCAGAAUGGGAUGAUUGUAAUAAUAAAUGUGGUAAAACGAACGCAAACCACGACCCUCGAUGCGGUGGAUUUAGACGGAGUGGAUUGCUGUCUGUGGCGGACUGUAAUGUGCCCGCUAUGUUUUUCUGUAAAAAAUCCGUUACCUCCAGCGAAUAUAUUACCGAAAAUCCGAGCUUAAGGGAGAGGACUGACCUAUUACGGAAUGUUACCAUGCCUGAGAAAAGAUCAAAGAUGCUGCAAUUUGAAUACUAUGAUACAUUUUAGGUAGUGGUCAUUUAUAAAUGACUUCACACAAAUUCGCGAUUUUUGACUUCUCCCUCACAUCCUUCUAUCGACAUACCUAUGUGAGAGUGGUAUGACGCUACAUUUUUUUAAACUCGAAUUUAUUUAUUUUAAAACAUACAAAUAUCUACCAUAUAGUUGAUUAAACAUUGGACGCCGCAUUAGGCGAACCUGUAUCGCGGAAGUCCACAAAAAAAUCGCCAGAUGAUUCAUGACUAUUACAGCGAUAUUAUCAGCGAUUAACCUGAUUAUAUAAUAUCGUAAUUCUUAACUUUAACUGGUGUGCCUACAUACUACUAUACUAUUAAUAUUACUUCUAAUAAUAAUAAACAUGAUUAGGUGCAAA